UUGAAGAAUGGCAAGCUCUGCAUUGAGAACAGUGGUUGUGUCGACCAGGCCGCUCCUGCAGUUCCGAGCGGCAACAGUGGGGGCGCUGCAGUUCUCCACCACCACCCCAGCGGCAGGAGAGAAGAAGCACUACAAGCUGUGCAUCGUGGGAGGGGGUGCAGCCGGCAUUUCUAACGGCAGCAAGUUUGGGAGGAAGCUGGGUAAAGGGAAUGUCUGUAUCGUGGAGCCAUCUGAGGUCCACUACUACCAGCCGAUGUGGACCCUGGUGGGUGGAGGGGUGAAAUCGUUCACACAGUCUGGUAAGGCCAUGGCAGACGUCAUGCCUUUGACUGUCGACUGGAUCAAGGCAGGAGCAGAGGAGUUCUCACCUGACAACAACCUGGUCAGGUGUUCCGAUGGCACAGAGAUCACUUAUGACUACUUGAUAGUUGCCAUGGGGCUAUCGCUACAGUAUGAGAAGAUCAAAGGUCUCCCAGAGGCGUUCCAGUACGAUGGUGUUGGGUCCAACUUCAGUGCCAAGUAUGUGGAGAAAACCUUCCGAGCCAUUCAGAACUUCAAGGGAGGCAAUGCCAUCUUCACCUUCCCCAACACACCUAUCAAGUGUGCCGGAGCACCACAGAAAAUCAUGUACCUGGCAGACGACUUCUGGACAAGGAAUAACGUCAGAGACAAAGCCAACAUCAGCUACAACACAGCCCUGCCAGUGGUGUUCGGAGUGAAGAAGUACGCGGAAAUCUUGGCCAAACUCUGUGAACGGAGGAACCUGAAGAUCAACUACAGACACAACCUGGUGGAGGUCAUACCAGACAAGAAGGAGGCUGUGUUUGAACAUCUGGAUACAGGGGAGAAAAUCACCUUCCCAUAUGACAUGAUCCACAUCACCCCUCCCAUGGGCCCACCUGAGUUGUUGAAGAAGAGCCCCCUAGCGGAUGCGGUUGGUUGGGUAGAUGUGGAUAAACAGACUCUGCAGCAUGUCAGAUAUCCCAACGUCUUCUCUACUGGGGACUGCUCCAGUCUGCCCACAUCCAAAACUGCUGCAGCUGUUGCUGCCCAAUGUGGUAUCCUGUACAACAACCUGAGUGCCAUCAUGGACAGUCAGGAGCCUCAGAAGAAGUAUGAUGGGUACACGUCCUGCCCCCUGGUGACUCGCAAGGGGAAGUGCAUCCUGGCGGAGUUUGACUAUGACCUGCAACCACUGGAGACAUUCCCCGUGGACCAGGGGAAGGAGCGGCGCACCAUGUGGCACCUGAAGGCCAACGUCAUGCCUGAACUCUACUGGACUGGUCUUCUCAAAGGCAGAUGGUCUGGUCCAGGCUUCUACAGGAAGGCCAUGAGGCUGGGCAUGGGCAAGUGAACUGCAAAGGAGGGGUGGUCAGGAUAUAGUUGUGCCUCAACUUGAAGACAUUGAAAAAUAGCUACAUGUAUGACAGCUAAAGUCAGUGCCUCAACAUGUGAAAAGUUUACAAUGCUUCUAGCUUGGAGCUAAUAGACUCACUUAGUUCAAUUAAAAUCCAGAAAAUGAAAGGCAGACACUUUCGGAAGGCUUAUUUCAGAUUUUACUACAGAAGCAUGUAAGAAAAUGGUUUAUGAUAUAAUAAUAACUGAGAAUUCAAACUUGAAGGUGAAUUUUUAUGACAAAUUCAGUGACUGUAAUGUAUAAUUACCCCAGGUCACACAUAUAUCUGCCACCCUGAAAAAUGCAUCAAAAGAGAUCUCCAAUACAACAUCCCCCAGUAUAUAAAUACACUCGAGAUCUGUUUAAUAUCUACAUGUGUCAACUGUGCAUACAUUUUGUACCUUGGGAAAUGCUGCACUAAAGAUUACUCGAACACACUGUUUUUUUAAAGGUGACAGAUGUAUGUCAUGUACAUGUACUAGUAUGUAACCUCGUGGAUAAAUGGUAAUGGUGGUUAGAUAUCAGUGUUUUUAACUACCCUUAAACUUGUGUACUACGUACACGGUUAUACAAGAAAUGUUACUAAUAAUAAUAUCUUCUUAGUUGCCAAUAUACCCCUAAUCCUUUAAUCAUUUAUUUAAGACUUUAAGGACUGUAAUUUACUACUUAACAAUUCAGUAAUGUUUUGGGGUAGAAAGCAAUGCUCUAUGAAAGGUUAUUAUAACAUGUAAUAUGUGUAUAUGAUGUUUUAAAUACAUGUCCAAGUACUAUACAUGUAUGUUUAAAGUAUUUCUGUCUGUUCAUUAAUUUGAUAACAUGAAAACUAACUCAAACUUCUCCCUGCUGCCCAAUACCAUAACCAAUAGAGUUUUGGUGGGCAAACUACUUCGCCUCCUUCGCAGAAUUGUAGGGCGGCGGCGUUAUUUUUUUUUGUCGGGGAGUGACGCGAGUUAUGCCGCCGAGGGAGUUUGCCGGUUUUCGCCACCCAACAUUGUCGUCGCCCAACAGGUCUACGAAGGAAGCUAGCAAAUUGCUACUCUUAUAGUGUGCAUAAAUCAGAUGUAACAAAAGUUUAAGAAUACAAUCAUAUGAAUCAUUGAAUAACAUGUCAAU